GUUUUCACUCUAGCUAGCUUCACGCAGGUUCCGCGUGUUGAUACUGAAGAGAGAGGAGUCGAGGAGAAACAAGUUUGUCGCAUCGCAGAGACACGAACUCAGGCUAAAACCCGAAGAAAAUGGACAUGAAGAAGCGGGUUUCCCUGGAGCUGAGGCACCGGUCGCCGACGGAAGUCACCGAGCUGGUUCUGGAUAUCCUUUUCCUCUUCUCGCUCGGCGAAGGGAAGAUCGAAGGCAUCACGGAGGAGUUCUCCAACCUGGAGCUGCUGAGCCUCAUCAACGUGGGUCUGACCAGCGUCGCCGACGUCCCCAAACUGGACAAACUCAAAAAGUUGGAGCUGAGUGACAACAGGAUAUCGGGGGGUCUGGAGGUCCUGGCGGAGCGGCUGGUCGGCCUCACGCACCUCAACCUCAGCGGGAACAAGUUCAAAGACAUCAGCACCCUGGAGCCGCUGAAAAAGCUGCCCCAGCUGAAGAGUCUGGACCUGUUCAACUGCGAGGUGACCAACCUGGCGGACUACAGGGAGUCCAUCUUCAAGCUCCUCCCCCAGCUCAUCUACCUGGACGGCUACGACAUCGACGACUGCGAGGCGUCCGACUCCGACGGAGAGGGGGACGGAGUCGAGGACGAGGAAGAGGGCGAGUCGGAGGACUUCGAGGAGGAGGAAGACGAGGACGAGGAGGACGUCGUGGCGGAGGAAGAGGACGACGACGACGACAGCGCCGAGGACGAGGACGGAGAAGUCAACGGAGACGUAGACAGCGAGGACGAUGACGAAGACGAUGACGACGAAGACGAUGAUGACGAGGACUCGUCUCCGGUCAAAGGAGAGAAGAGGAAGAGGGAUCCUGAGGACGAGGAGGAAGAGGAGGAAGAUGAUUAAAGACGCACAAAGAAAA